AAUGGCAAGUUUUGCAUCUAGAACAGGGUAGAAAGUAAGUCAAAUGUUAAUUUUUAGAUUAAAGAAUGGUGGGGAGCUAAAGUUACUGUUGAUCCUUAAUUGGAAACUAAAAAAUAAAAGAUUAAUGAGAUAGAUCAAUAUAUUAAAGGAUUGUCAUAAUCAUUUAAUAAUAUUUCAGCAUUGUUUUAAUGUAAAAAUAAUAAUUUAAUUUAGAAAUGCAUGGUCAUAUGGGAAGAAUAAGCUCAAUCACUCAGAAAUUAUUUGAGAGAGAAACUGAUACUAAUAAGAGAAUAGGAAUUGAAGUAACAUCCAUGUUUGGUAAUCUUUCAGAAUUGUUUCGUUCAAAAGUAUAUAGUAAUUAUAAAGAAUAGACUGAACCAACAUCUGAAUUGAAUAAAAAUUAUGGAGAAUGGUUUUAGACUAUAGAGACUUUAAAAAUUCAACUUGCAAAUUUUUCUGAGGUUAGAUUGAUUUAUGAUCAUUAUAAAUUAAAAGUAGAUGAAUUAGAGAAAGAUAGAUCUAAUGCACUUACAAAAGGAUAACCAGAAGAUUUUAAAUUAUCAGAUAAAAUAAGGAGAGUAUCAAUUUUAAAUAUUUAUAAAGAAUUAAAGUAAAUUAUCAAGUUCUGAAACAAAUUAUAAAUAAAAGUUAUCUGAAAUAUUAAAUAAUAUGAAUAAAUUAUUGGGAAACUAUUAUAGAAUGAUAAAUUAAAGUCUUGAUUCUGUAAUUAAAUUUAAUUAUAUUUAGUUUAUAACAAUCAAUUAUGAUUUAUAUAUGAAUGCUAAAUCAAUUGUUAAAAAAAAUUAAAAAGCAUUUAAUAAAUUUAAAUAUCCAGAAUUAGAACCUAUAAUAGAUUUAUUAAGAGAAUAAAAAGAGAUGUCAUCUUUAUUAGAAAGAGAAUAAUAAAGAGAAAAAGAAUUGAAAGAAUUAAAAGACAAAGAAAAAGAAAAAGAAAAAGAAAAAGAAAAAAAUAAUAAUGAAAAAGAUGAUAAAUAAUAAUAAUAAUAAUAAUAAGUACCAUUAUAACAAACUCCAUAAUGGGAAGUUAAUAAUAAAUUUAAUCCAUUUGGUUAAACACAAUAAAUGAUCAAUAAUCCUUAAAUGAUUAAUCCUAUGAUAAAUUCUUAAACUGAUUUUACAACUGGAUUUGGAAUUAAUACAAUACCUAAAUAAUAAUAAUUUAAUAUUAAUCCUAUAUUGUCUUAAAGAUAAUCAAUACAAUCAUAAGGUAUGAAUAACAAUUUUGCUAUGAAUUUUCCACCUAAUCAAAAUAGAGUAGAUAUAUUUGAUGAUGUUGGAUUAUAAAUGAUGAGUGAUUUAAGAGCUAGUUAAAUAAAUAAUUGGUAGUAAUAAUAAUAAUAUGCCUAAAGUCAAAUUCUUAAUUAAAAUAAUUUUGUUAAUAAUAAUCCAUUUAUGAAUUCAUAACAAUUAAAUCAAAGACCUAAUUUGUAAUAAAACUAAGGAUUUUCAUAAUUUGAUUCCUAAAUUAAUAGAUCUUAAUAACCAAAUCCUUUUGCAGAAUUAGAUAAUGAGACUUAAAGAAGGGCUAUGUAUGAUAAUCCAUAUACAUAUAGCUAACAAUUUUAAGAUAAUUAGAAGACUAAUCCUUUUGCAUGA